UUCCCCCCCCUUCCUCGCCUUUUACGCGCCCCGUCCUUCCCGCCUUCCUCUCCCUCCCCAUUUUUUUCUCCCUUUCCCCUUCAUCUCCCCCCAUCCUCUCCCUCCCCCUUUCCUCUCCCUCCCCAUUUCCUCUUCCUUCACCCUCCCUUCCUCCCUCCCUCCCUCCUCCCUGUCUCCCUCCCCCACUCCCUCCCUCCCUCUCCCCCUCCCUCCCUCCCUCCCUCCCUCCCUCCCUCCCUCCCUCCCUCCCUCCCUCCCUCCCUCCCUCCCUCCCUCCCUCCCUCCCACCCUCCCUCUUUCCCCCACUCCCUCCCUCCCUCCUUCCCUGUCUCCCCCUUCCCUUUCUCCCCGUCUCCUCUUACCUCUUGCCUCCUCCUCCCAGCACCGCCCGCCAACCGGCAUCGAAGUGCUCUUUGCACUCCGGCCCCCCUCUGCUGCUGCUCCCUCCUCUGCCGCCCCCUCCUCGGAUUCUCCGUCCUCUGCUGCUGCUCCUUGCUCGGCGGUUCCUUCCCCUGACGCUGCUCCCUCCACUGCCGUUGACAAGGGCUCGUUACAAGCACCUUCAGCUACACCCUCCGCUCUCCCUGCUAAGACCUCGAUACAAGCACCGGACCCAUUAUCUACUACCACCACCACAUCCUCUGGCAAGACUGGUUGCUCCUCCGCCGCUGCUGUCACAGCCCCUCACAAGAGCGCAGCGGCAGCAGCCCCCUCUCCUGCCCCCACUGCGCAAUGCAAGACCUCGUUACAAGAACCCUUUGCUGCUGCUCCCUCCGCUGCCCCUGCUAAGAGUGCAUCAGGCACCCCACUUGGUCUUUCCACUGCUGCUCCGAAGUCCUUGUUUGGGAAAGCCCCUGCUGCUCCCGCCCAGGCCCCAAUAAAGCAUUCAUUAAAAGCACACCUAGCUGCUCCCGCCACUGCUUCUGCAAAGUAUGCUUCAGAAGGCUGGAGGUCGGGAGCGGGCAAUGCAGGUGUGGGGAGGGGUGGUGGUGGGAGGGAGGCGGAGGAAGGUCCGUGGAGAGAGGGCGGCAGACUUGGAAAGGGCGCAGAAAGAGAAGGGAGUGGUGGGCACGUGAAGAGCGGUGGGCUUGUGAGGAAUGCUGGGGUUGUGAGGAGUGGGAGCAAGGAAGGUAGAGGGUAUGGGAAUUGUGUGAAGGCUGAUGGCAGGGUAGGGGCAGGGAGAGGUGGAGUGGACGGUGCAGAUGUAGGGAGGGGUGGAGUGAACGGUGCAGAUGUAGGGAGUGCAGGAAAGGUAGACCGGGGAGUGGCGAGAGCUGAUGGUGAGGGGGUAAGAGUGGGGGGUGAGUGGAGAGAGGGGGGCCAGCAGGUGAAGAGUGUGUGGGGCGUGGGGAAGGGGAAGGAAUCAAAGGCUGGUGGCAAGACAGGUGCUGGGUCAGUUGCAGGGAGUGUGGGGAAGCAAGGCACUGGAGUGGGAAUCGGUGGUGGUAAUGGUGGCAACGGGGGUCGAUUGGAGGGGAAGAGACAACAAGAGGGUGCUUGGCUGGCGAAGGGUGCUGGUGGGGCUUCAGGAAAGGUGAAGGGUGUGGGCCCGCCUGCGCAUGCUGUGAGAGUUGGAGGUGUAAGAAAGGAAAAUGUGGGGACAAGUGCAGUUCUCAGGGGGAUGGGCGGUGGUGGUGGCGAGCAGAGAAGAGAAGGAGAUGCGGUUACAGGAAGCAAAGGGGCACCAGUCACAGGAAAGGUGUUGGGAGGGAAGGGGGUUGGAGUGAGGGAACACGGAGUGAGGGAACACGGAGGGGCGAAGAUGGCACCAACAACCAUAGGCUUCAAACUGGGAGGCAGAAAAUUGGGAGGGAGCAAGAUGGGAGGGAGCAAAGAAGGGAUGAGGAUAGGAGCAGCAAGGGAGAUUGGUGCAAAGAGAAUUUGUGAAAGCAAGGUGGGAGAAAAGAAGGGUUACUCGAGACUGGUUAAAGUUGGAGCGUUGAGGGCAAGAGCAUUGGAGGGAAAGCGUGAGAAGGGGAGAGAUGCGGAGAGGGACAGAUGGAGGGAUGACUGGAGUGAGAAGAGGAGAGAGGAUGGGAGUGAGGAGAGGAGAGAGGAUGAGAGUGAGAAUAGGAGGGAAGAUGAGAGUGCAAAGAGUUUAGAUGAUGAGAGCGAAAAGUGGAGAGGGAAUGAGAGUGGGAAGAGGAUAGAUGACGAGAGUGAAAAGAGGAGAGAGAAUAUGAGUGAGAAGAGGAGAGAGAAUAAGAGUGAGAAGAGGAGAGAGGAUGAGAGUGAGAAGAGGAGAGAGGAUAAGAGUGAGAAGAGGAGAGAUUAUGAGAGUGAAAAGACAAGAGAGGAUGAGAGUGAGAAGGGGAGAGAGGAUGAGAGUGAGAAGGGGAGAGAGAAUAAGAGUGAGAAGAGGAGAGAGGAUGAGAGUGAGAAGUGGAAAGAGGAUGAGAGUGAGAAAAGGAGAGAGGAUGGGAGUGAGAAAAGGAGAGAGGAUGAGAGUGGGAAAAGGAGGGAGGAUGAGAGCAAGGAAGUGAGGGAUGGCAGGAAAGGGGAAGAGUGGGAUGCUGAUACUGAGGCCAGCAGGGAUGCGGAGAGGGAAGGUGGUUUUGAUGCUGGGCAGCGUUUGUUGGGAACGAAUUGGGGUACUGGAGAGGAGGGAUGGGGGAUAGAUGAGGGGGACUGGAAUGAGGAGGAGGAGGGGAAAGAGGAGGACAAGCAGGAGAAGGGGGAGGAUCAAGAAGAGGAGGAGGAGGAGGAAGAGGAAGAGGAGGAAAAGGCUGAGAAGCAGGGGCAAGGAGAGAAAGCGAAGGAAGAGGAGGGCAGGGAGCAGGGAAGAAGGGAAGGGAGUUCGGAGGUAGAAGUCGGAAGUGAGAUGUGUGAUGGAGUCAGUGGGGGCUUUGGAGAAGCUAGGCGGAUAUUCAGUGGUGUUGAGGAUGAGGGUGACCAUGCUGUGAGCCUGAGAGUUAGUGCAGCUGAUCACAGUGCCGCUACCCUCGCUCCUCCUCCUCUCCCUGCUGAAGUGCCAAUGGUGAGAGCGGAUGAUGCAAGAGAAGGGGACAAUGUUGAGGCUGUGGGAUUGACAGCUGAAGAUAGUGAUUCAGGAGUGUGGAUGAUGCUUGAUGAAGUGAGGGAGGGAGUUUCUAGGAAGGACGAGGAGGGAGGGGGGAAGGAAGAGAAGAAGGGAGGGAUAGAGGAACAGGCAAAGGGAGAAGUAGAGAAAGGGGAGGAGAUACGGGAAGAGGAAGUGGAGAAGGCGAGGGGAGAAGCAGAGGAGGAGAGAAGGGAAGAGCAAGAGGAGAGGAGAAGGGAAGAGCAAGAGGGUAGGAGAAGGGGAGAGCAAGCGGAGAGGAGAAGGGCAGAGCAAGAGGAGAGGAGAAGGGAAGAGCAGGAGGAGAGGACAAGGGAAGAGCAAGAGGAGAGAAGGAAAGAGCUAGAGGAGAGGAGAAUGGAAGAGCAAGAGGAGAGGAGACGGGACGAGCAAGAAGAGAGGAGAAGGGAAGAGGAGAAGAGAAUGGAGGAGCAAGAGCAGGAGAGGAGGGAAAAGGAGAAGCGAAGGGAAGCGGAAGAGGAAGAUGAGAAAAGAAGGGACGAGGGAGAGGAUACACGAAUAGAGGAGGUAGAGGAAAAUGAGAAAAGGAGGAAGGAGGGAGAGGAGGAAGGAAGAAAAGAGGGAGAGGAGAAACGAAGGGAAAAGGAAGAGCAGCAAAGGUGGGGAGAGGGAGAGGAGAGCAGCGAUGAGGAGGAGGAGGAGCAGCGAUGGCAGCCCCUGGCGAAUGGGCAAAAGGCAGAGCCAAGCAGUGUUGGAGGCGGGGCUGUGGUGCAACACACCCAGGAGAUCGGCGGCAGCUUUCGACCUGUCAGGAGGCAAGUGCUGCGCUGUGCCAUGCAACAGGAUUACGUGCAGGAUGGCAUGCAGGAUGGCAGGCAUGAUGGCAUGCAGAUACAGUAUGACAUGGAUGAGGAGGAUGCUGCGUGGCUGACGGCCUACAACAGCAGACUCACCCAUGCCUAUGCCCAUGCGCAUGCGCAUGAGCGUACAAGAGCUGGGAAAGAGCAGUCAGGGAGUGGGAGUGAUGAGGCGUGUGCGAAGCUAAGUCUGUCAGAGGAGGCGUUUGAGGCGUGCAUGGCCUCUCUGGACUUGCACCCUUCUGCCGCUGGUCACUAUGCUGCUCCUUCUGCCGCUGCUGCUGCUGCUGCUGCUGAUGGUGAUGGUGCUGCUGCGGCUGCGGCUGCUGCUGUUGCUGUUGCUGUUGAUGAUGAUGACGAUGAUGGUGUUUCUGGUGAUGUGGAUGCUGCCUGUGCACGUGCUGCUGGGGGGGUGGUCCACGCUGAUGGUUCUGAUCUCGAUAACAUGCCAGGAGGCUUGAGCGCAGCAAGGAAGGAGGGCGGGGUAGGAGCGCCACAGGGGCCAAAGACCAAGCGGCAUGAUGCCGAGGCACUGCGAUGCGAUGUGUGCUUCCAGCCGGGGGAGACGCCCUACAACCCUUUCCUCUGCUGCUCCCUCUGCGCCACAGCUGUCCACCAACUCUGCUACGGUGCUGUGGGCCUCCCCCCCCUCUGGGCUGCGCGCUCCCUCCUCCCCCCCUCCCUGCACGCCCCCCCCCUGCCGCCCCUGCUCCCACUGGCCAGCGACGGGAAGGCAGAGGGAGAAGGGCCGGGCAGGGAGACAGUCCAGAGCGGGCAUGGUGGUGAUGGCGGUGCUGCUGGUGCCACUGCUGGUGAUGGCGGUGCUGCUGGACAGGGCGUGCAGCUGAGCAAGCAGGCAGCAGCGAGGCGGUUCAAGUGGCGCUGUGUGCCGUGCCAUCUCUACGCCCGAGCAUGCAGCAGCGGCGGCGGCGCUGCUGCUGCAAACACCUGCUCCCAGCCGCCUCCCCUCACCUGUGCAUUAUGCCGAACCACAGGAGGAGGGGCGUUCAAGCCGUGCGUGGACGGGCCACUGCCAGCCGAUGCCGAGAGGCAGGUGGAGGGAGGAGAGCGUGGGGAACGUGGGGAAUGUGUGGGGAGGGCAGAGGAGCAAUUGACGGGGGAGGAGGGGCGUUUCGUAAAAUCAGAGGGGCGUGUGGGAGGAGCAGGGACCAGAGGGGAAGCUGGUGGGGAGCCAGGUGACGGCAGCAGCUGCCAAGAAGUUGGCAGAGGAAUGAAAGGAGACGGUGAGAUGAAGGCAGUGGGUGCUGCUGGUCCUGUCACGCUGAAAGAGGGGCGCAGUGGGGUGAAGGAGGGAGUUGAGCACAGCGUGCUGCAGAGGGAGCGUGGCAGCGGUGGGAGGGAUGUGGCAGGGGAAGUGAAGGGAACGUGCAGCGCAAGUGGUAGCAGUGGAGGUCGAGGGAAGGGUGAUCCGGGCAGGGGUCAUGAUGACAAGGCCAUGUGUCGACAAGUCCGGGACAUGUGUGAUGAGGGCAACGCGAGGCAUCAAGGGGACAUGGACAUGCCUCUUGCAUCAAGAGACGUACCACUUGUGUCGAAGCGCAUGCCAGCUGCAUCAAAAGACAUGCCAGCAGCGUUGAGGCACCUGCGCUGGGUGCAUGUUACAUGCGCUCUCUUCGACUGCCAUGUGUACUUCGGCAGUGCUGAGUCGCUCCAACCCAUCAUGGGUGUGGCAGCUGCUGCAAAGAAGAGGGCGGAGCGCAGGCAGCAUUCACUAGCAGCACCAGCAGCAGCAGCAGCAGCAGCAGUGGAGUGCUGUACCUGGUGUCGUGAGCCCGACGGUCCUCUCGACCUGCUGCCCUGCGCCUACCCUCUCUGCCCCACCCGAUUUCACGUGCGAGAGACCGACCUGUACCAGCGCCAAGUGAUGGCCUUGUGUGCCGCUCACGCUGCAGCUGUGCAGGGGGGUGAGGAGACAGCAGCCACUCCCUCAGGUGCUCAUGCCACACAUGGCACUGCCACACGUGGGGCUGCCAUGCAUGAGAACACUGCAGGGGUUGCUGACCAUGUGGCAGCAGCGUCUUUAGAUGAAGGCUUUGGUGGGGCUCAGGUGGAGAGGGAGCAGAGGCACGCAUACGGAGAGACGGGUCACGUGGGGGCAGUGAAAGCGGCUGUUGAUGAGGUGCCUCCAGGGUGGGAGUCUGGAUUUUUGGGGGAGCAUCUGGGGGCUGCCCGAAUGCAGCAGCUAGAGGCAGCUCAGCUCACACCAUCGACUCCCCUCCAUGAGAAGGUCUCUCCUUCCUCCAACCUCCCCAGUCCUUGUGAUGCUGCUGCCGCCCCUGCUUCUGCCACCGCUGCUGCUGCCUCUGUUGCUGCCACUGCUGCUGCUACUGCCACCGUUGAUGGUGAUGGUGGUCGAGCUGGUCAUGAUGAUGGUGGAGACGAUGGGGCGAGUGCUGAUGGCGCAAGAGACCCAUGGGAGAUGCAGCAGGUGCAGGAGACAGAGGAACACGAUGAGCAGAAGAGGGAGAGUGGUGAGAGGAGAGCAGGAGUGGUCACAGCAGUGUGCGAUGAGAGGAAAAGAAGGAAUGGUGAGAGGAAGGGAGAGAGUGCUGGGAUGAAGAAGCAGCAUAUUGCAGCGAAGGAGUGGCAGACAGGUGCUGGUGGUCAUGCGGGUAUGGGUGUGCGGUAUAGGGACGAAGGGAGGGUUGGGAGUGAGGUGAGAGGGGGGGCAUUGGUGGGAGCUGAUGGGGGUGUGGAGGGAGGUGUGGAAGGAGGUGUGGAGAGAGGUGGGAGGCAGAAGAGGUUGCAGGAGGUGAUGUGGGGAGAAGGGGGCGGUGAGGAGGUGGUUGAAAACGGUGGCAAGGUGGUUGGAAACGGUGGCAAGGUGGUUGAGAACGGUGGCAAGGUGGUUGGGGGAGGGCGUGUGAAGCGAGGGAGGAGGCAAGUCGAGGAGGAAGAGGAGGAGGGAGAAGAGGAGCAGGAGGAGGGAGUGGAGGAAGAAGAAGAGGAGAGAGAGGAGGAGGAGGAGGAUGAGGAGGAAGAAGAGGAGGAAGAGGAGGAGGAUAGGCGGGGUGGGAGAGACAUUGAUUUUGAAGAGGAGAUAGGGGUGGGUCUGCUGAGCAGGGGUGGGGGAAGGCGAGCAGGGGAACGGGAGAAAGAGAGGACGAGCAGGGUUAUGGAGCGAGGGAGAGGCAGGCAAGGGAGAGGAAGAGGUAGGGGAGACGGAGGGAGGGUCGGUGACUGGUUGGCAGAUGUGCCAUGCAGUGAGGAGGAAGAAUCAGAAGGGGUAAGAUUUGGUGCGAGGGGUAAGGGGAGAGGUGGAAGGGGUGGGCUUAGGGGAAGGGACGUGUGGGAAGUAACAGAGGGGGAUGAGAAGAGGAGUGAGUGUGGGGAGGGGGGGGAGGAGGAGGAGGAGGAGGAGGAGGAGGAGGAGGAGGAGGAGGAGGAGGAGGAGGAGGAGGAGGAGGAGGAGGAGGAGGAGGAGAAGGAGGAGGAGGAGGAGGAGGAGGAGGUGUGUGUGCGAUUUCAAUAUAGUAGUGAGUGUGGGGGCACAGAGGAGGAGGGGCAGGAGGGCAGUGCCGGGGAGAUGGGAAGAUUUGCAUUGGAGGGUAACUGGGUGCAUGUGGUGGUGAAAGGGGAGAAGGCGGAGCGAUUGAGGUUGCAAGAGAUAGUGCAUGUGUGUGUGGUGAGCAGGGAUGGGUUGAAUGUGGUGAACAGUGAGAGUGUGGAAUUCGGGAUGGAGGAUCAGGAGAGAGUGGGAACAGAUGGUGUUAAGUGGGAAGGAGAGGGGGAGCAAGAGGAGGAGGAGGAGGAGGAGGAGGAGGAGGAGGAGGAGGAGGAGGAGGAGGAGGAGGAGGAGGAGGAGGAGGAGGAGGAGGAGGAGGUGGUGGGAGGGGAGGAGGAGGAAGGCACACUGGGGGGUUUACGAGAGGAGGGAGUGGGAGGGGUGGCAGAAGGUGAGGAAGGUGAGGAAGAGGAGGAGCAGUGGAAGCAGGAGCUGUGGAGUGAGUUGGAUAGGAUGGUGGCGGAAGUUCAGGAUGUGGGUGCGGACCACAUGGGUGGUGACCACGUGGGUGAUGACCACGUGGGUGGUCUUGCAAGGGACAUGCAAGCGCAAGCAAGUGGUAUGGAAGAGACGGAGGGACACGUGGAGAGAGGUGAAGGCAGUGACAGGGAGAGAGCAGACGGCAAGGUGGGAGGUGUGGCAUGGGGCCAUGUGCAUGGCAUGGCAACAGGGGACUCACAUGCGCUGGGUAACACGCAUGAAACCCCUCAUGUGGACACGCAUGGGGGGUUGCAGGUAGGGUAUGGGGGGCUCGUGGGGCAUGAGGGGUUGAGGGCGGAGGGGGAGGGGGGCGGGGUGGGAGAGGAGGAGCAGUGUGAAGCAGAAUGGCGCACAGAGCGAGUUCGAGAGGGUGGAAAGGAGCUGGCUAGGGGGUUAGUGAGUGUGGAUGGGAGUGUGGGAGGUGAGGGUGGAAGCACGGCAGCUGCAGGCAGGGACACAGGGCCCUCUGCUCCCUGUGACUGGGGCGGAGAUGACGGGGAUGGUGAUGGUGGGGGUGGUAUACACGAGGCUAUGGGCGAGGAGGUGUGUGGUGCGGGGCAGGUGUCUUGGAGGGGCGAGGAGGAGCAGGCGGGUGGCAUGUGGGGGGAUGGGAACCUGGGGCAGGGCUCUUGUGGAGCAGAUGGGGGAGAGGAGGGUGGAGGGGGAGGAGAGAGGGGAGGAGGAGGGGAUGAUGGAGUUUGUGAGGGAGGAGAUGGUGGGGAUGGUGGGGAUGAAGGGUGGUGGAGCCGAAUGUUUCCUGAUUCUCCCUUAGCACCCAAUGAACAGCCUCACUCUCACCAGCAGCCACCCUGCCUCGAGCUGCACGACAGUGGAAUGAAUCUUGGCUCAAUCCAUCCUCCUUCACAGCUACCCCUUGAUGCCCCUCAUGCUCUCUCUCCCCCUGAUCUUCCUGCCGUCCCUUCCCCUCAUGCACAGGCAACCAUGUCCCCUCCUAUAUCCUCUUCCUCUCCCAUGCCUUCUUCCCCUUCCAUACCGCCUCCCCAUUCCGUAACCCUAUUCGCUGCUGCACCCGCUGCUACUGCUGCAGCCGCCAUGCCAUCUCCCUCCCACGCCACCCCCAACGUUCCCCCAUCUUCCGCCCAGACAACGCCUUUCAUCAUGCCCUCUCCCUCCCACACAGCCCUGCCUAUUCCUCCAUCUCCGUCCCCAGCGCCUUGCUCCCUCCUGCCUCACACCCCACACUCACAUACUGCUGCGGCCCUCCCUCCGCCUCCUCCUCCUCCUCUUGUGCCCCAUGCCCCGCCUGUGCCUGCUGUACUAAGUGCGGGUGGGACUGGUGGGGGCGGGACUGGUGGGGGUGGGACUGGUGGGGGUGGGACUGGUGUGUUAGGGACUCGGACAGACGGCCAAAGGGAGGAAGGCAAGGAUGGAGAGGAGCAGGUGGUGUCUGGGACCAGGCCAAGCGCCCCUGCUGUGAUUGGUGGGGGUGGGGCUGAGGCAGAGGGGCAAGGGAAGGAGGAUUGGGGAGAUGGGGGGUUGGGGGGGGAUGCUGGAGAAGGGAUGGGUGGAAGGGAGGGGUGGGGUGCAGGGGAGGUGGGUGGGAGGUGGGGCAAGCGGCAGAGGGUGGAGGUGGGUAAUGCAUCAGCAGCAAAGCUGAACACCCUAAGCUUUCGGAGGAGGGAAGAGCAAGGGACGAAUUCAGGAAGGAUGGUGGCUGGGGAAGGGACCGCGGGAGGAGCAACAGAGAGAGGAGAGAGAGGGGAGGAAGUAGGAACCGAUAAUGGCGGGAAGAGGGAGGAGAGACCAGGAGGGAGAGGAGAAUGUGAAGGAGCGAGAGGCACACCUGUUCUGCAGAGGAUGGGGGGAGAGAGGGACGAAAGAGGUGGUGGUGAUGUGAGGAGAGCACGUGAGGAGAAGGGAGGGAGGGGUGUGGAAGGGGAGAGGAGUUUUGAGGGUUCUCGAAACUCAGGAGGGGAAAGGAGUUGGAGUAAGGUGGAGGGAGGUAGGACUAGGGGCGCGAGAAGGGUUGGCAGCAGCGAAAGGGGAAGCAGUGAGCGGAGAGUGUGGAGAGGUAAUGUGCCAGGUGGGGGCAGUAGGGAAAGGGCUCCUGGAAGCAGGUUGAGGGGAGGGGAGGGGCAUAGGACGAGGGGAGGAGGGGGAGCGAAUGCAGGACGUGAAGUCGGGUCACUUGGGAAGAGGGGGCGAGACGAGAGUGCGGGUGGGGGGAAACGAAGUGAUUGGCGGGAGAGGCGUGGAGAUGGGUGGGAGCGGAGUGGAGAUGGGCGGCAAGAGAGGAGUGGAGAUGGGCGGGAGAGGAGUGGAGAUGGGCGGGAGAGGAGUGGUGAUGGGUUAUGGAAGGAGAUUGCAAAGGAAGGAAAGGAGGAAAGAAUACAGCCAGACAUGGGGCAAGGCAUGGGGUACGAGGGGAAGGGCACAUUGCGUGUAAAGGGUGGUGAAGAAGCAAAAAUGAGUGAGGAUAAUGUGGGGGCAAGUGGAGCAGAAAAGUUGGAGGUCAAGGGACACGUGGGUCACAAGGAAAGGGAUGACAGGAACAGGGGAGCUAGAAGGGAAGACGACAGUGGAAGAGAGGUGAGAAUGGACGCAGAAGGAAGGGGGUUGAGAAGGGACGAUGAGAGAGCAAGGGGAUUGAGAAGGGACCAUGAGAGAGAAAGGGGAGUGAGAAGGGACGACGUAGGGAAGGGUGUUCAGGCUGAGGGGAUGGCGGGGAAACAGCGGGAACGAGAAGGACAGGGUAGAGGUCGAGAAGAGAGGCAGAGGGAUAUCGAUAGGAGAGCUGGUGGAAGGAAGGAUAGAUUUUGGAACAAGCGGAAGCACUCGAAUGAUUGGGACAGAGGCAGGGUGGUUGAGAGGAGGAGAGAGAGCAAAGAUGGUGGGGCAAGAGAGAGGGACGGGCGGGGUCGAGGCAUCAUGAAGGAGGGGGAAAGUGGGCUGGGGAGAGAUGGAAUGCGUAAAGACAGGGAAGCUGGAAGAAACAUGGUGAGGGAUGAUGAGAGGAUGGGAGGAAGGGGAGAUGGGAGGGUGAGGGAAAGGGAGGACGGUGAGGGAUUGAAGAGAGGGAGCGAAGGGAGCAGGGAGAACAAGCAGUGGCAUGGUAAGGAUGGAAGGCGAUCGGAGCGGGAGGGUGACUUGGCAAGAGAAAAAGGGAUCACACUCAAUAAGGGAAGAGAGGAUGCAAGGCAUGGAUCGAACAUCCAGCAGGGUGAGAGGAGCUGGAUGCAUGAAAAGAAGGGCUUUAAUGCUCGUGAUGGGGGUUUGAAUGUGAGGGAGAAGGUGGGGGCGAACACAGGAGGAGGGACAGCAGGUGCGGUGGACCAGGAGAGUGUGAGGCGGCGUGGCGAGGGCGAGAGGAGUAACAGCUGUGGGAGUGGUGCGGAACGGAAGCUGACAUUCCGACGGCAAGAAGGGGGGGUGCAUGAAAGAAAGACCGACGAGAGCCAGCAGAGCAAGCAGGAAGGGUGUGUGCACGAGUCGAGAAGAGAGGAAGAGGGGAAGAAAGUGGGAGUGGGUGGGCAGGAGGGUGGUGGAGGUCGUAGAGGGGGUGUGGGGGAGGAGAGCAGCAUGAAGCAGCAUGGGUCUAGGAAGGAUGAAUACACCCAUCAAGUCAAGAACGCUCUUGAGGAGCAUGGCUCUGGCCUGGAGUGCUCCCCACAGGAUGGCUCUGGCAUGGAGUGCUCCCCACAGGAUGGCUCUGGCAUGGAGUGCUCCCCACAGGAUGGCUCUGGCCUGGAGCGCCCCCCAAGGGAUGGCUCUGGCCUGGAGCGCUCCCCAAGGGAUGGCUCUGGCCUGGAGCGCUCCCCAAGGGAUGGCUCUGGCCUGGAGCGCUCCCCAAGGGAUGGCUCUGGCCUGGAGCGCUCUCCAAGGGAUGGCUCUGGCCUGGAACGUUCCCCAAGGGAUGGCUCUGGCCUGGAGCGCUCCCCAAGGGAUGGCUCUGGCCUGGAGCGUUCCCCAAAGGAUGGCUCUGGCCUGGAGUGCUCCCCAAGGGAUGGCUCUGGCCUGGAGCGCUCUCCAAGGGAUGGCUCUGGCCUGGAGCGCUCCCCAAGGGAUGGCUCUGGCCUGGAGCGCUCCCCAAGGGAUUUCUCUGGCCUGGAGCGCUCCCCAAGGGAUGGCUCUGGCCUGGAGCGCUCCCCAAGGGAUGGCUCUGGCCUGGAGCGCUCCCCAAGGGAUGGCUCUGGCCUGGAGCGCUCUCCAAGGGAUGGCUCUGGCCUGGAGCGCUCCCCAAGGGAUGGCUCUGGCCUUGAGCGCUUUCCAAGGGAUGGCUCUGGGCUGGAGCGCUCCCCAAGGGAUGGCUCUGGCCUGGGGCGCUCCCCAAGGGAUGGCUCUGGGCUGGGGCGCUCCCGAAGGGAUGGCUCUGGCCUGGAGCGCUCCCCAAGGGAUGGCUCUGGCAUGGUGUGA